AUGGAGGAAGGAUCGCCGGUGAAGGAAAGAUUAUCAGAGGGAUGGGGAGAAAUAAGGGAGGAGAUGAAGAGAUUGGGUUACGUGGCUGGGCCAAUGGUGGCCGUCACUCUCUCCUUCUACAUGCUUCAAGUCAUAUCACUCAUGAUGGUCGGCCAUUUGGGUGAACUCGCUCUCUCCAGCUCCGCCAUCGCCAUCUCCCUCGCUAGCGUCACCGGCUUCAGCCUUCUCUUGGGAAUGGCGAGUGCGCUAGAGACGAUAAGUGGACAAGCGUUCGGAGCUCAGCAAUACGAGAAAAUAGGAACUCAGACAUACACUGCCAUCGUCUCUCUGAUCCUAGUUUCCAUCCCUGUAUCCAUUCUGUGGGCAAACGUCGAGAGUGUACUCAAACUAUCUGGCCAAGAUCCUCGCAUAUCUCAUGAGGCCGGAAAAAUGGCAAUCUGCCUCAUUCCAGCACUCUUCGCCUACGCCAUCCUUCAGCCCCUCAUCCGGUACUAUCAAAUGCAAAGCAUGAUCAGUCCCAUGAUCCUGAGUUCGUGCAUCACUCUCUGUUUCCACGCGCCACUUUGUUGGGUGCUGGUUUAUAAAUCCGGGAUGGGCAAGGUUGGAGGCGCAGUUGCUAUGGAUCUUUCAAUGUGGUUGAAUGUCUCUAUCUUGAGUCUGUACAUGAAGUACUCCCCUCAUUGCACGAGAACUCGUUCUCCGUUUUCAAUGGAGAUUUUUGGUGGGAUGGGAGUGUUUUUCAAGUAUGCAAUCCCUUCUGCUACCAUGAUUUGUCUUCAAUGGUGGUCGUUUGAGUUACUAAUCUUGCUUGCCGGGCUAUUUCCAAAUCCGCAGCUUGAAGCCUCGGUGCUUUCUGUGUGCUUAAAUACCGUUGCUACACUUUAUGCAAUACCAUACGGUUUGGCGUCUUCAGCAAGUACUCGAAUAUCAAACCAGCUUGGAGCCGGGAGGCCACAGGGGGCGCGUCUAUCUGUCGUUGCUCUAUUGAUCCUUGCAACAGUCAAUGCAUUUGUCGUGAGCCUCGCCAUAUUCCUGAAUAGGAAUGUUUUUGGCUAUGUUUUCAGCAAUGAGAAGGAAGUCGUGGACUACGUGACAAGGAUGGCUCCUCUUGUUUGUUUAUCAAUCAUAGCAGAUUGCGCGCAAGGAGUCCUUUCAGGUGUUGCAAGAGGAUGUGGUUGGCAGCAUAUUGGUGCUUAUAUCAAUCUUGCUGCAAUUUACCUCUUUGGACUACCAAUUGCAGCUGCAUUGGGUUUUUGGAGGGAUUGGAGGGGGAAGGGGCUCUGGAUUGGAGUGUUGUGUGGCGCGAUUAUGCAGUGUGUGAUGCUCUCGAUUAUUACAGCUCUCACGGACUGGGAGAAACAGGCAGCAAAGACAAGAGAGAGAUUAUUUCAUGAGGAGGCUGUGAAUGAUGAGGGUGAUGAUAGGCUGCUGACAUGAAGAUAAAUGAAUUCAAAUUUCAACUUCAAUUUUUGCAGUUAUAAGACUUGUAGGAUUUUUCACAAUGUAUUGAGAUUUCAAAAGAAUGAAAAUAGAAAGAAAGAUGUAUAGCUACUGCUUUAAAAGAGGCGAGCCGGGUUGGAUACUAGCUGUUGCUCGAGCUCGGUUUGUUUGAAUAUUUUGGUGCUUGACUCGACUUCAUCUUGU